GCGCAACACUCGCACAUUAAAUUUUGUUUAGAAUAACAAGUUAAGGUUUUAUCAUCAGCUGUUCGAACAUAACUUCUUGUUAAUGUGAUAUCUUUGAUGAAAGCUUCUUGGCUUCAGUUUAUUUUUAUUGAUAGUUUGCCGGUUUGUUUUGUUUGUGAAAAGAGCGCGUUUUUGUCGUGACAUUUGCUGUUAUUUUUACUAUCGUAUCUUAAGUGUUAGUAUAAUAUUUUUUCUGCUACAUUGUGUUACAAUGCCUUCUGAGAUGCCUUACACAGAUGUUCAUCGAGCGUUCCUGCAAGCUUUGUCCCACCAUGGCACAAUGAGUUCUAAGCAAGCAUACAAAGCGCUACUGGGUGCAUAUGCCAGAUAUCACGAUGAUGAGACCGUACCAAUGGAGGAUCAAGUAGCAGACGUUGUUGCCUCGAUUAAUAAUAAACUGCAUCGAUAUAAUCAGCGAGUAAAGUUUGUUCACUUUGAACUGAUCAACACCGACUUCUACGUGUUCUGUAAUCAGACAGAGUCUGCGAUCGAUCGGUUGCAGAAUUGCUACACAGAAUCAGAGCUAAGCUUGUUCCGAUUGAUGUUACGCGAACUGGCUUGCACUGAGGACAACAAAAUUCGACCGAUUGCUUGUCUCAAUUUAACGACAGAAAUUUCGGGAAAGGCAAUCAGCAUGAUGCGUGCCGAGGAGUUACUGGAAGAAUGGGAAAAAGCAGGUUAUUUCGUACAGCUAGACGGUAUGUGGUAUUUUGGACCAAGAACCACGGUUGAAUUUGAACGGUAUCUGAGUCAGAAUUUCGAAGAGCAAAUGCAAAAGUGUAAGCUGUGCAACGAAACGGUGUUUUAUGGAAUAAAGUGUGCAACAUGCCCUUUAUACUUCCACAGAGAUUGUAUGAGAAAGUACCUCAAACGGCUAACCAAGUGUCCAGGCUGCAAAGAAAUGUGGUCUUUCCCAGUGUCGUGAUAAACCAAGCACAAUUAUUAUUAUUUGAUUGAGUAUUUAGUAUUGAUGCAUGCAGUGUACAAAAUUUAACAUAUAUCAUAGGGAAGAAAGUAAAAUCAAACAUUAAACAUUCAUGAUAUGAUUUGAUUUGAUAUGAUGAUUGUACGGAAAUCGCAGAUGUCGGACUACGACUUAACACUCUGAAGUGGUAAUGUUGAUCUUAAUUCAUUAUGCGAAAUCUACCGUUUAUUCAGAAUGGAGCAUUAAAUUUGGUUUGAUACGACUUUUCAAAUGUCAGGAAAUAACAAAUAAAGUAUUCAAAAUAAAUGGUACUCGUUCGUUAAACAUUCUAGUACUCGAGAAAUCAA